CCCGGUUUCUCGUUGCACCAAGUGGGGAAAGCUCAACAUCUCCGUGCAAUAUCACUUUCAUUGUGUUUGUCGGGAACAUACAGCACGUCACGGCGUUAUAUGAAUCAUAUGUGUGCUAUGAAUUUUCCUGCGUUGACUGCAAAGACAUAUCACGAGCCUUUCGGUAUGCAUGCCGUACAGCCUUGCCAUCGAGACCCGUAAGAUAUGUUGCGCUUUACUGCACAACAUGCGUUUAUCCUUCAAGUAGAUGUGCGCCCUCUAUACAGCACCUCUUCCUAUCAACAUUAACAGUGUGUAUCGCUGAGAUCACUUGGAUCUAUGAGAACACUCGCAUCUCUACAAUUUUGUUUCAGGCUGGCGAUGGAGUCGUCCAAACAAAGCCACAGUCAUGUGCGCGUACGACGUGUCCUAGAGGACUCAACACUUAGUUAUGGCAGUCUUACGCGUGUCUCACUCAUAACACCCAAGUCAUCAACACCCAUAUAAAAACAACUGUAUAAUGUCGACCAAGCCUUAUUUCAUUCCUCAUAGUACUCCAACUCUGCAAGUAGCUUACCAAAGACCGUCCGCAAAACAUACGAGACAUCUUUAAUACCGUGCGAUCUUCAACAAUGCCCGAUUCGAGGCGAAGUGUAGAAGGGCAAUCUUCUAAGAUGCCCGUUCGAAAAAGAAGCGCCGAUACUUCUCCAGAUAUUUCUGCUGAAGACCCCGACCUCCCAGCUAUAAAAUCCAUUCUCCAAGUCUACCACACUGUCUUCACGGCAGCGGCUGCGAGCAUUGAAAGUCCACUGAUCGGCAAAAUACAACCUCUCGAACCACCCACAUCUAGAGAACCGCAAACCUACAUCCUCAUUCCGGAUAGACGUUUCAAUGGACGCUUCUCAAUUCCAAACGCACUUAGUACAGAUUUCCCCCCCGAAAUCGUGGGUAGUGACGACCUAGACAAAGAAAUGAUUCUUAAGCUACAAAAAGCUUACACCAAGAUGUUCCUUUGCGACUCAGCCCUCGAAGCUCUCGAAGCAGUUGUGGGACAGAAGUUGGCGGAGUUGGAUGCGAAAGUCGAGUGGAUGAUGAUUAUCGGAGGUAUCACAGCAAACUUCGGGAUUGCAAUCACGACGCCCCAAAAGUCGGACGUGUGGGAAAAGAAGAGUAAGAAACACGAGAUGGAAAUUCUCUCCACCCUCUGCGGCGAUCAUUCCGUUUUCCAGGUCACCUCAGCAGAUGGAACCGCAUAUAUUGCCGACUUCACGUUGGAACAGUUCGGACACGAUGUAUCGGAGUGGUUCCUGCCUAAGACACUGUAUUUGGAGCGGUACGUGGGCGAGAGGGAGACGCGCCCAGUCACUGAAACCGAGCGGGAAAAUGUCAAAGUCGCGGACUCGGACAGCCCGUGGCUGGAAGCGAUGCACAAAUUCUGCGAGGAGGAAUUGGAUUGGGAGCAACUGAUGGCCAUGGAAGAUGAUAAGCGUUCGGAGGAAGUUACCAAGAAAGUGGAAGCGAGUGAGAAUCUAAUGACGGAGUGUAAGCAGAAGAAAUUCUCCGUGGAGCAGAGUAGCAAUUUGGUGUGGGGUGGAUAAAUAAGGUAGGUGGUUUUUGGUGGUAUCUUUCUUACAUGUAAAGCGCUUGCUCUUUUUCUUUUUUUCUCUUUUUCCUUGUUCCUUUUUUGUUUUUUUUCCUUUUUCCCUUUGUUGAUUUUUUCCUUCCCCCCCCCCCUUUUUUUUUUCGGGUUUCUGUAUACCCCCCUCUGCAAUGUACCCCUCGAUUUUGUAUGAUUCAAUGUGAAUAAGUACUUU